AUGCACCGUGCUGCCGUCACGGCGCAGUGCGGCGGGGCCUCCCCUGCGUCCGACCUCGAGGAGGGCGCCUGCGUGAAGAACGUGGCCCUGGUGCUGGUCGAGGGCCCCGACCAGCAGCAGCAGCUGGCCGCCCUGGUGCUGCCGGACCAGCGCAUGUCGGGCGCCAUGGUGCUGCCGGACGGGGGGGACGCGCCCCAGGGGCCGGCCUCGGCGGGGGGCGUGGCCGCCGCCUGGAGGGCCUACUACGACCACCCGCUCACGGCCGCCACCACGGCGAUGCUCAACAUCUCCGAGGAGCAGGCCCUCAUGUACGAGUACGCCGGGGCCCUCAAGCCACAGCAGCAGAUGGCCGCCACCCUGCCCGAGAUAUGGACCCACGCGGUCUCGGUCCCGGCCACGUCCUCUUCGUCACCCCCGACAACGAGCAAGAGCCCGGCGUCCCCGGCGACGAGCCGUCAAGAAGCGCUCUUCAUGGGAAAGUCCGAAGCCAACGACGGAGGGGACCUCGUUGAGGCUGCCCUCGCCGACGAACCCAAGGCUGAGGAGGUGUCCGCCACCGUGGUUAUCAAGCAGGAGGCUGCUGAGGGCCCCAAGUCGGACGACAUGAUGGAGCCCAAGAGCCCCUACUCGCCCGUCUUCGCCACGGUGCAGCCCGCGCAGCCAUACUCAGGAGACCUGUUCAGCGUGCUGACCACGAGCGCCUUCUCUGGUGGUGCGAGUCCCCCGCGGCCCAUCUACUCCGGUGGGGCGUCGGAGUACUACCGACCCAGCACGGACUACUACUCUGCGGGCAAUGGAGACCAGUACCAGCAGGCGGUGCGCCAGCAGCAACUUGUGGCUGCGGCGGCCGCUGCGGCGGCGGGUGGCGGUGGUUACGCCGAGCCGGAGCCUGGCUUUGUGGACCGCUACAUCCGCCAGAACGGCUCUGCGGCGGCCGUCAACGGCUUCAAGGGCAGCUUGCUCAGUGUUGACCUGCCGUCGCCCGACUCCGGCAUCGGAGAGGCCACCAUGACUCCCAGGGAGUCCGCCAGCCUACCGCAGAUCUUCGACUACUCCGAGCUGUCGCAGGCGCAGAUGCUCACCUCCCCCGAGCAGACGAACGGGACGGCUAGCAGCGGCAGCAGGCCGGGCAGCUCGCAGUCGAUGCGUCGGUCCUGGCACGAGUACGGCAGAGCCUCGGACGCGGACAAGAUACAGAUACCAAAAAUACAAUCGGAUGUAGGGUUCAAAUAUUACCUCGAGUCGCCCAUCUCGACGAGUCAGCGGCGAGAGGACGACCGCAUCACGUACAUCAACAAGGCAGGUCAAUUCUACGGUAUUACGCUGGAGUACGUCCCCGACCCGGACAAGCCCCUGAGGAACACGCCAGUCAAGAGCCUCGUGAUGCUCGUGUUCCGAGAGGAAAAGUCGCCCGAGGAUGAAAUCAAGGCGUGGCAGUUCUGGCACAGCAGGCAGCACAGCGUCAAACAGAGGAUACUCGAUGCCGACACCAAGAACAGCACAGGCAUCAUGGGCCAGAUCGAAGAAGUGACGCACAACGCCAUUGCCUUCUACUGGAAUCCUCUGGAGAGCCCCGCCAAGGUGAACGUAGCCGUGCAGUGUCUGAGCACGGACUUCAGCAACCAGAAAGGCGUCAAGGGGCUGCCGCUGCACCUGCAAAUCGACACGUACGACGAGUACAGGGAGAGCUGCACGCCCGUGCACCGGGGCUACUGCCAAAUCAAGGUCUUUUGCGACAAGGGGGCCGAGCGGAAAACCCGAGACGAAGAGAGGAGAGCCGCCAAACGGAAACUCACCGCCACGGGCAAUGGCCGCAAGAAGAUUGAGGAGAUGUACCACCAGUCCUGUGAUAGGUCCGAAUUCUACUCCAUGAGUGAUCUCAUUAAGCCACCCGUGCUGUUUACGCCCAGCGAGGACACAGACAAGGUAUCCGGCAUGGAACUCAGCUUCUACACCAGUCAGGUGAUCGUUCCCGACGACCAGCCCACCGCAGAGAAACUCAAAAUUCCACCGGAUGAGCUGCCCCCUGCAGCAGCAGCCCUCGCAAGCGCCGACUGGCCGGGACUCUUUGGUCAGACAAGGAUGGAUAGGAGAGACAAGCUAGAUGCGUGCCCCAACAGCGAGCCUGCCGCUCCUCCCCUGAAGAAGCUGAAGGUGUUCCCAAGCGACAGAGUGCUGCUCUACGCUCGUCGGGAAAAAGAAGAAUUUUUCCAGCCGCUGCAUCUUGUGCCACCUUCGCUGGCUGGCCUAGCGAAAGCGAUCGAGAGCAAGUACAAAGUAGAGGCGUCCAGUAUAAAGAACAUAUUUAAGAGGUGCAAAAAAGGCGUGACGGUGCGGAUGGACGACGACAUGGUGAAGCACUACUGCAACGAGGACACCUUCCUGCUCGAGCUGCUGCCCACAGAGGACGCCGUCGACGUCACCCUCGUCGAACUGUGA